CGCCAUGGUAUAUCGUCCACUCCACGACGCGUACACGCACACACCAACACAAACGGACAGACCCGUUGCCCAUACAAUAUUGUACAUCAAGAGAAGAGAGGAGAGAAGUAGUGUGCGGCCCACAGCACAGCUCAUCGACUCGUUUUCGGCGGUUCGGCCGAACAACAUUCGUCAGCCCGCAAACCGUAGUUCCCCUAACUCGUUGCCACCGACGUCGUUCCAGCGAAUUCUCUCCGCCACACACACACACACACACACUAAAUACGGCGCGUCGGCUAUAUAGUGCUGUCGUCGCCUCGCUCUCUCUUCUCACCGUCAUUCUUGGUCGCCGCCGCCGCCCGUCCAUCUAUCCACGGCGGUCGGUCGUUACUCGUUCUACACGCGUCCGGUGGGUUUCGGCGGGUGGUGGGUGGUGACGGCGAUCCGCACGGGGUUGCCGGGGCAACCGGUACGUCGGCGGCCGGCGAGCGCAUCGUACAACACCACGGCGACGACGCGAACGCGGGCGCACAAUGGAACGAACGAGGUCGACAACGAAAUGUAGGCUUAUCAUCAGUUCCCGCUUUGUGCCGGCCGUUCAAAUUGUCCGUUCCUCCUUGUUUGGAAACUCCGUUACAAUGACAGUUAAUGGCCAGCACUACUGUCUGCGAUGGAACAAUUACCAAUCAAAUAUGACCUCUGUGUUUCACCAGCUUCUUCGAAAUGAAUCGUUUGUUGAUGUUACUCUUGCCUGCAAUGAGAGCACACUCAAAGCACAUAAAGUGGUCUUAUCGGCUUGUUCGUCUUACUUCCAAAAAUUAUUGAUGGAUAACCCAUGUAAACAUCCAACCAUUAUAUUGCCUUAUGAUGUUUGUUUUAACGAUCUCAAGUUUAUCAUAGAGUUUGUAUAUAGGGGCGAGAUAGAUGUGUCUCAAGCUGAAUUGCAAUCUCUUCUGAAGACAGCAGACCAGUUAAAGAUUAAAGGACUAUGUGAAGUGCCUGAAGAUGAACGUGAUACAUCUAUUGUGGCCGAAGUAACUCCUUUGGGGCCUUUAAAAAGUGGUGGAAGAGUGUUCACAAAAUUACAGCGCAGAACUUCUCCUUAUUCAAAAAAAUUGAGUCCGAAUCAAAUUCAGCAAGAUCAGUUUAAUCGAAGUUAUUAUCGAAUUGAACAAUCAGGUUUUGCACCUAUUAAUGUUGAUCAAGAAAACAAAUCUAUAAAUACUAUCCAUUGCAUGACUGUAGCAACAUCAACUGAAGAUGAUGAGAAAGAAAUUAAAUCAACACUAACAGAUUUACCAGUGGUCAUACUAGAACCACAUCCUUCAUUAAAUUUACAAGCCCAACAACAGCCUCAGAUAGUACACAUACCAAUACCACCAUCACAGCAGCAGCAACAACAACAAUUGAGUCAUGUAACACAACAUACAAAUCAACCACAGUUGCAACAAGCAUCAGUUCAAACUCAUUCACAAAUGAUUAUCACAACAGGUCCAGUUAUGACAGUGAAUGAAGCUGAUAUUUCACCUGAUAUACAGCCUGUUGGGCCAAGGGCAACACCAGUACCAGUUAAAAAUAAUACAAGUCCCUCAUCAACACCUACACAUAGAGAUAUGGCUGUUGGUACAACAUGUUCAAAUGAUAUGAUGAGAAAUGAUGGAAGUGAGAGAAAAUUUGAAAGUGCUAAAUUUGAAACACUUCGUACUAUUGAUCAGUCAUCAGAUGCAAUUGGAAUAGAAAGACAACAUUCUAAUGAUCGUAAUAUAAAUGAUGAAGACAAUUCAAUGCAUACAAUGAUGAUAACACCCGAACUUUUGGGAUUAUUACCAAAUUCUUCUAAUGCAGGAGAUGUCAGUGAAGAUAGUUCUAGUAACAAUAUUAACAAACAGUAUGGUACAAAUGGUGGAAAAGGAUGGACAGCUGAUGACAUGGAAAACGCCUUAGAAGCAUUACGUUCACAUAAUAUGUCUUUAACCAAAGCAUCUAUAACAUUUGGAAUUCCUUCUACAACAUUAUGGCAGCGGGCUCAUCGAGCUGGUAUAGAUACUCCUAAAAAAGAUGGACCUGCUAAAUCUUGGAACGAUGAAGCUUUAAACAUUGCAUUAGAUGCUCUGCGGACUGGCACUAUUUCAGCAAAUAAAGCUAGUAAAGCAUAUGGUAUACCUAGUAGUACAUUAUAUAAGAUUGCGCGGCGAGAAGGAAUUAGAUUAGCUGCUCCAUUCAAUGCAGCACCAACUUCUUGGGGUCAGGAACAAUUAGACCAAGCAUUGCAUGCCAUACGAACUGGGCAAACAACUGUACAACGAGCUGCAGCCGACUAUGGUAUACCUUCUGGAACACUAUAUGGCCGGUGUAAACGUGAGAAAAUUGAAUUGUCCCGCAGCAAUCCAACCCCAUGGUCUGAGGACGCUAUGAUGGAAGCUCUGGAGUCUGUACGAUUAGGUCAUAUGAGUAUUAAUCAGGCAGCUAUACAUUAUAAUCUACCAUAUUCUUCAUUAUAUGGACGUUUCAAAAGGGUGAAAUACGGAGCUGGACAUCCCGAUGAUGAUUGUGAUGAUAUGAUCGAUUCAGAUACACAAAGUGAACAACAGCACAUUCAACAACAACAACAACAACAGCAGCAGGCAAAUCAGCAAGUACAGGCUACUCCAGUGUCUCAAAUAAUGUUGGUUCAAUAUCCAGCACCACAAAUUCAAAUGUACCAACAACAUCCAACUCAUUCAACCACUAGUUGAGAUGAAGUAAAAUACUUGCAGCCAUUGUGAUGUGUUAGAACUGCAAGUAUUCUCUGUAACAAUUUAUAAGUCUGACGGUUGUACUUUUUUUUUUUUUAUUUAUCUGUGAUAUUUAAACAGCGAAAACAUUAUUGUUAUUCAAUGUUUUUAUUUGAUCUCUUAUAAUACCUGUUGUAAGUUUUAAUGUAAAUAUUCAUAUUAAAUUGACAAAUAUGAUAAUACUAUUUCAGUACAUUAUAGUUUAUAUAUUGUGUGUAAUUUGCAUUACAAUAUACUUUAUAGUGAACAAUGAACAUAGUAUACAAAAUAAUAAUAAAUAAUAAUCCAAAAUGUUAAGACUAUGUGAAA